AGAGAAUGAGCCUUUCCUUUGUGUUGUGUUAUCUACAAAAGAAGCUUGGACUCUGACAGCAUGCAUCUCCUCUUACUUCAGCUGCUGGUACUCCUGCCUCUAGGAAAGGCCACACGGCACCAGGAUGGCCUCCAGAAUCAGAGUUCUCUUUCCCCUGUACUCCUCCAGAGGAAUCAAAGAGAGCUCCCCACAGGUAACCAUGAGGAAGCUGAGGAAAAGCCGGAUCUGUUUGUUGCAGUGCCACACCUUGUAGGCACCAGCCCUGCAGGGGAAGGCCAGAGGCAGAGAGAGAAGAUGCUGUCCAGAUUUGGCAGGUUCUGGAAAAAGCCUGAGAGAGACAUGCGCCCAUCCAGGGACUCAGAUAGUGAGCACCUCCCACCUGGGACCCAGUCCUUCAUCCAGCCAAUAGAUGGGAUGAAAAUGGAGAAAUCUCCUCGUGGGGAAGAAGCCAAGAAAUUCUGGCACCACUUCAUGUUCAGAAAAAGUCCAGCUUCUCAGGGGGUCAUCUUGCCCAUCAAAAGCCAUGAAAUACACUGGGAGACCUGCAGGACAGUGCCCUUCAGCCAGACUAUAACCCAUGAAGACUGUGAACAAGUUGUUAUUCAGAACAACCUUUGCUUUGGGAAAUGCGGGUCUGCUCAUUCUCCUGGAGCUGCACAGCACUCUCAUGCCUUCUGCUCUCACUGCUUACCUGCCAAGUUCACCAUGAUGCACUUACCACUGAACUGCACUGGACUUUCCUCUGUUAUCAAGGUGGUGAUGCUGGUGGAGGAGUGCCAGUGCAAGGUGAAAACUGAGCAUGGAGAUGGACACUUCCUACAUGCUGGCACCCAGGAUUCCUUUAUCCCAGGAGUUUCAACUUAAGGAGCUAUCCCACUAUUAUCUUUGAAAAGCAAAACCACAACAGCAAAGAUGCUGAUUAUUCAGUCUGAAAAUGCUAAGUGGGUACAUAAUAUUUUCAGGAAAAGAUGGCUUGAAAAGGAGUUUUAAGAUAGCAUGAUAGAAGAAAUGAUAUUAGUCUAGUUAUUGGUACAUGUUUGGGACCUUGUCUCAGCUCUGCCACUAAGUGGCCAUAGAAUGUUAAGUUGUAAAAGCUUUCUCCAUCUAAAUAUUUUCAGCUAUAAAUGAGGGACCCUACCUAGAUGAUUACUAAAAUGCUUUCCACUACUAAUAUUCCAUGAUGUAUUUUCUCCAGGUUUGCGUAAAAGCCCUCUAUCUAAA